CUCAUUUCGAGCACGUGGAAGACUAUUAUCUGAAGCACUGACGUCACCUCCGACUCCAACGCCUAUCACCCGGAAUUAGAAGCUUGCAGUGUGUGAGAGACAUCUGCGUUGUUUAUUUCUGUUCCUUGUAUUUAGCCCGCAGGUUGUGAUAUGCCCCGUUACUGUUCUGCAAAUUUCUGUAAAAAUCGUGGAGGCCUAUCUUCAAAAGAUAAUAGGAAAAUUAGUUUCUACCCGUUUCCACUGCAAGAUAAAGAAAGGCUUCAGAAAUGGACAGUGAACAUGAAACGAGGAGCGUGGCUCCCCAGUAAACAUCAGUAUUUAUGUAGUGAUCAUUUCACUCCAGACUCCUUUGAUGUGCGCUGGGGUAUACGGUAUCUGAGGCACAAUGCUGUACCUACAGUUUUUGCAUUCUUGCAUGAUCAACAUGGCUCACAAGCAAUACAGGAGGAAUGGUCUAGGCCACAUACAAGAAAGAAAAAAGCAGUGCCAAAGGAAAAGGCAGAUGAUAGCAAUGACAUAAAUACAUUUGUUAAACCUUCUCCUUCAACGAAGAAAAAAUCUUUGCUUUUAAAAAAGCAAGAUAAAACAGAAAAAGCAGACAGCCCUCAAAUUGAAUGUGUUGAAAAGGAAAACUCAGAGACAGCUCCCUCUGUGGAAUCAGAAGGACAAAACUGCCAAAAGGAAAACAUAAAACUAAAUGACCAGGAAGGUGCACAUUCUUUUGAGAUACUUAACACAAAUGCUUCAGCUGUAGACACCACAAACAGUGCUCAAGAUGCAAAAGAAGAACUGAAGGAAAAGUUCAUAUCAGUCAAGUCUGAGCCCCCAUCUGAUAAUGAGUCCACUGAAAAGCAACUUGAUUCAACGUCUCCAAGCACUUGGGAGUCUGUUGGAAACCGAGCUCCACGUCACUCUGUAGAACCAACGAAUGAAACUUUAAAUACAGACAUUAUUACAGGUCCUGUUGGGCAUAAUGAAGAAAUUUGCGAUUUAGUUGAACCACCUGAAACACAGCAGUGCACUGACACAGAUCACAUCUUUUUUUCUGAACAUUCGUAUUGCAGACAGGACACUGACAAGGAACAUCUAUGGAAAAAAAUUGCCAGUCUACAUGAAAAGAUAACGGAGCUGGAGAAAAAUGAAGAGAGAACAGUAGUUAAACUUAACUCACUUGCUAAUCUUAUUACACAUUUAAAGCAGGAGAAUAUUGUUUCUGAAGAGAAGUUGAAGGUCUUGGAGAACUAUUUUACAACGCUUGAGUUUUCUAUGGUGCAAUGAUUUGAAGCAGGAUACCACAGCAUGUUUAAGCAGUGUCCUGUAAGUUGAAAGAGUGAUGAAAUAGCAUUGGAAAUUCAGUUUAGCUGCUUGAUGGUAAUGCAAGCAUUACAUUUAGUACUAUUGAAAUGGGUUAUAGCUAAUGCAAUAAUUCCAUUAGUAAUACUUGUUUCCUGAACUUCCAUUUGCUAUUUUAAUUAUGUAUGCAUUUAUUUGCAUCUUAAUUAAUAACAUCUGAUACCAGUUCAACUUUUCAUAUAAAUUGCAUCGUUACUUUUAUAACAUUAAAAUACGUGUUGCCGUAACAUACUGUAUGCUUCUUUCAAAACUGCACCCAAGACUAACAUAGUAAAUACCGUAGAAGUGCUUAAGUACCCCCAGUGGUCCAGGAUUUUAUUUCAACCAGUGCACUGGAAAACAAGGCAUGUUUAAAACAAAUAUUUAGUUCCUAGUUUAAACAAAAUCUAGACCAUUGGUAUUAUUUGUGGACCAGGAUUACAAAACCCCUGCUUUAAGGUGUAGUCCCUUAGGUUAGCCUUGGGAAAAUUUAUUUUUUGAACAAUUGCAAUAUUUAAACUGAUGGUCUGCCUUUAAUUCAAUGUAUUACACAUAUUCACUCAGAUAUUUAUCAAUCCACAUUAAAAGUACACAAAUACAUUUUUUGACUGGUUUCCAAAUGUCUCUUGUUGGCCAAAAACACUUACUUGACUUAUAAAUUAAACUAAUUUUUAUUUUUUGAGAGAUAAAAUCACUUCAAUUGCAAACCAUCUGCAUAAUAAGUAAUGCAAUGUAAUAUUAUGUUAUUUUUUUAUAUAUAUGAAAUAUAUCACAAUGGACGAUACAAAAUAUCCAUAUCCACUAUUCUGUAUGUGUGCAUAGCAGUGAGGCUAACAUUUGUAUACAUAUGCAAAAAGACCUGACUGGGUGUCAAUAUACAGACGCCUCGGGCCUUCAACGUAUACGGACGCCCUAAAUGGCUUCAUUGCAUUUAUAAUCCAGGUAAAACAGUGGAUUUGAAGAAAAAAAAAAACAUAAAUCGUGUUUGGGGCAAAAAAUUAUUAGUUUUUUUUAUUAAAUGUCCUCACACCAAAUAAAGUAGUCCCAUGUACAACUUUGAACUACACACUAAAUUAACAUUAAAACAUGUAAAAGAAAGUAAAUCAUUUUUUUGAACAGAAGUGAUGAAUAAAAAUAAAUUCAACGACGUCUCGAAUUUCAGUAAUUUGUUCAGGGUCUGUGCCAGAGAGGGGUGGAUAGUGUGCACACGUGUCUUUUUGUGUUUUUCUUUAGUGUUUACAAACCACUAAAAAUACAUUAUUUGAAGUGACAAAAUCAGGGUAGGUGAGCAUAAGGACAGCAAUUUUUUUAUUUUUUAUUUUUUGGUAUUCUUUUUCUGUUUUGCUGUCUUCCAGUUAAUUUAAUUGUUCUUCAUCCAAAUACUUACUACUUUGUGAUUUUUUGCAGGUAAUUCGUCACUCAGUUUCAUAGUUCCAGCUGUACAUCUGUAAGUGAGUGUAUGCAAGAUAGCUACCGAUACUUAGUUUAAAUUCUGUGAGGCAGCGCAGUGAUCCAUCCAAUAUACGGACAGCUGGAACCUUGCUCGACCAAUCACAUUGCUUGUUUCACGUUCCAUUAUGAGCCCUGGAUUAUAAAACUUUAUUAACACCCCUCACUCCUAAUUGGUUGGUCCUAUUUUUUCACAAACUGCUGGUACAUGGAACAUGAACCACAGUCCAUAAUCUUCACGUCACUUUUCGGGCCCUUGGAUUAGUUUUUAUUGCCUGACCUUCAGGAAUUGGGUUCUAAAACUGCAGCCUCCUCUAUCAAUUGUAUCAGCUGGUUUUAUAGACCUGGAGCACUAGGGAUCUUGGACCACUGUAAUGUAAUCA